AUGGUGGUGGUUAGUGACAAGGCUGGUUCCAAGCUUACCGUAAAGGAGACAGAGAAGAAAGUGUCACUUAAAGAUGCAGACGGCAAGGCUGCGGAGUACGAGGCGGAUGAGGUGCUGCGAGCAAGCAAGGCGACUGUGGAAAACUCCGCGUUGUUGCGCGAACUCAUCCGUCAGGUGGAGUCGAGUCACAGCACUGCCCUCAUUCUGGCUAAUGGCAAGAACCAGCAGUCCGUCAGUCAAGGUGUUGCGCUGUCAACCAUAAAGGCCAUCAUGGCAUCUCUCAAGAAGGGCGAGGUGGAAAAGGGAACCAAGUAUGAGGUCUACAUGACUGCUGCCUCGAUGCCGACACCUUCCACGGCCAAGGAUCUUUUCGCCGACUCGGUCGCAGCACCAAAGCCUGUGCGUAUUGGAUCUAACCCCAUAUUCGGUGCUUGUCUGAUGGACCUCAAGGAAAAGAUGCCGAGGAACGAGAGCGAUGCUGAGUCCCACUUGCGUGGUGCUUUAAAGAAGUCAACCGAUCCAAAGGAACCUGUCCUGGUGCAUCUGGUGGUGAAGCAGAUCAAGAAAUCGACCGGUACUGGCGUUGGCGUGUGUCUCUCGUCCGUGCAGUUUGUUUUUGCCAAGGAGCAAGGCGACUAUUUCAGGGCCAUGCAUGACAAGGACGAGAAGGUUGUGCCUCUUCCUCUCUUCAAGGAGGUUGUGGGUGGCAGUCGCUAUGCAGUUGUUGUUGCUGCUGUGUCUGGGGAUGAUGCUGCCAGGGAGACGGUAGUUCUUUGUGGUGGUGCUAAGCUGCGGGGGUCAAGAGGUGGGAGCCCCACUGUGGCGGCCAAUCCACUAAAAACAGCGAGUUCUGCUGGAAAAAAGCCUACUGAAAGUAAUAAGAAGUCUAAGCGCGGGGGUUUUUGGAGUGGUGGGUGCUGCGGUUCUGCUCCGGUGGCAGAGAAGAAGUGA